AUGACUGGAAAUAAAGAAUGGGAAGAAUCACAAUUAAGAACAUACACCAAUUGGGUGAAUUAUAACCUUGGAGAGGAUCAGCAGAUUAAAGAUUUACUUAAUGACUUAUCUGAAUCAGAUAUUUUGAUUAGUCUUAUGGAAAAGUUAUCUGGAAAAAAAGCUUACCCCCACAAGAAGUGUAUGACUAAAAGUAGAAUUGUGAAAUUAGAUAAUGUAGGAAAAGCAGUAAAGUUUAUGAAGGAAGAAAAGCUCAACACAUCGGUAUCAGCUGAAAAUAUUGUUGAUGGUAACAGAACUUAUAUUCUUGGUAUGGUAUGGACUAUGAUUCUUAAAUACAAAAUUAAUGCCAAUCAACAAAAGGGUGUUGAUACAAAAGAAGAGUUAGUAGAAAAUAAUGCACUUUUGGACUGGGUCAAUUCUUUUGGUCUUAACAUAUCUAAUUUCUCAAGUGAUUGGAAAGAUGGAGUUGCUCUUGUUAAGUUAACAGAAGCUGUUUCUGGUGGUCAAAUUAAAUUUGAACAAUUCAGUGGAUUAGACUCUAUUCAGAUGGUUAUUGAUUGCCAAAAACUUGCAUACCAACAAUUCAAAAUUCCAAUUUUGAUGGACGUAAAAGAUUUGAUAUGUGAACGUCCAGAUCCUAAGUCUAUUAUGACAUAUGUUUCAGUUUAUAAAGAAAGGUAUGAACAAUUACUUUUUGAAAAAGAACAAAGAGAAAGAGAAGAAGCUGAGAGAAGACAAAGAGAAGAACAAAAGAGGAUAGCAAGAGAGGAACAAGAAAUAAAACAGAGAGAAGAGGCUGAGAGAUUAGCAAAAGAAGAACAAGAGAGAUUAGCAAAAGAAGAACAAGAGAGAUUAGCAAAAGAAGAACAAGAGAGAUUAGCAAAAGAAGAGGCUGAAAGAUUAGCAAAAGAAGAGGCUGAAAGAUUAGCAAAAGAAGAACAAGAAAGAAAACAACGAGAAGAACAAGAAAGAUUAAAACAACAACAACCAACUGGCCAGCAACUAACAUUUUUUGCAAUUAAAGCAGCAGAUGCUUGGAUCUUACAAAAUAUACAAGCUGCCUACGCACAAGAUCCAACUAUUCAAUUCCAAUGGUGGUAUCCAUUAGUUCAAAACCUUAGUGCAAAUGAUUUUAGAGAACUUCAAGACUGGUUUAAAAAAAUAGAUAAAGAUAAAUCUGGAAUAUUAGAAUUGGAUGAAUUAUUAAAAGCUAGAUGGCCUAAAGAUAUGAAAAUGAAUAACGAUACUAUAAAAAGAUUGAUGUUAAUAUUUGAUGCUGAUAACAGUGGUUCAAUCGGAUUCUUUGAAUUUAUUGCUCUAUACAAUUGGGUAAAAUUAUGUGUUGCAACAUUUAAACAUUUUGAUAUAGAUCAAAGUGGUUCAUUAGAUAUUACAGAACUCCAAGCAGCACUUCCUCAAUUAGGGUUCAAUUUAAAUAAACAAAGUUGUGAUGCAUUAAUCAGAGCAAAUAAAAAUUUAAUAGGUAAAAAGAAAUUAAACCAAGUUCAAUUUAUUUGUGCUACUUCUUAUCUUGCACAAUGUCGAACAAUUUAUCAAUUAACUUUCGAUACUCAUAUGGACCAAUUAGAUCCAGUAGAGUUUGAUAAGUUUAUUAACUUAGUUCUUGGACUUAUUUGA